AUGCGCAGCUUAAAAAGCGCGAAAAAAACAAAAAUGGCGGACGAUGGAAGAGUCUCGGUUAAUAGCAAACAAACAGUUCUUAGAAUUCACGAUAAAAUUAAAAAGGAAGUGCAUGAAAUAGCAAGUAAGAAGUCUUGGAAUGCGCAACAGAAAGAGGAAUUUGAGAGAAAGCUGCUCGAGGUUGGCGGAUUCUCUGAUUUUCCUUGCAUGAAAGAAAUUUAAGCUUGAUUUUUAAAUGUACAAGGGUGCCAAGAACAUGUCAGUGUCUUGCAAUUUAGUGAUUUACGUGUAAAUGUUAAUUUUGACUGCUUUUCGCUUGAUCAAGCUUUACAAGGAAUCUGUUGAGGAAACUAUCAAAGAAAACGUAACCAUUGGCGGUCAGGCCUGGGAUAAUGUAGGCGAGUCAGAAGCUUCAAGUAGUUCUCUUCUUCAGGAAGGUGUGUGCAUGCGUAUUAGAAAGUUUAUAUUUUGUACAUUUGAGUGAUCUUUAUUCUAAGCGUAUGUGAGCGAUGUAAUAAAGUCUAAGACCGAGGGCGCACAAGCUUGGAGCUUUUCAAGUCGCUGUAAUGAAUUUUGGCUAACUUGAGCCAUAACAUGCUCGCUAUAAAGAAGAUUUUGAUUUAGUCCCCUGUGAAAUGAUUUUUUUGCUAUUUUACGACUUGCUCUACAGCUUGACACACUGCUUGUCACUGAAACAAGCAAAUUGGCUGGAAAUGAUUAAUGGAAGUCCAUUGCACUUCUUGAUAGAUAGUAUAUCAUACAAAAGUUUAUCACUCUUUAACUCUUUAACUCCCAUGAGUGACUAAGACAGAAUUUCUCCUUACAAUGUCAAUACAAUAUCAACCAGAUAAGUGAUGAGAAUAAGGAAAAAUAUCAAUUUGAAGAAAAUAAGUUGAUCCAAUACUAAAUUCUCUGAACUAACAUUUUAAAAAGUAUAUGGUUGACAGUAAGGAGAAUUACAAAUUUGAUCUGGGAGUUAAAGGGUUAACUUCAGACCACAAUCUCAAGGUAAUUCUGGUUGUUGAAUUUGUGGCAAAUUUAGCUGUUAAAAUUUUUCUUGACAUGGCAACCAAAAUGUAUUCAGUCCACUUGGAGAACUGAGACCAUAGACAUGACAAAAUUUUUCAGGUAACAUAACACUAAACUUCCAAAGAAUCUGCAUUAUAUAUAACUCAUCUUCUAACUCCUGUUAUUCACAAUAAUAACACAACAUUCAAUGGAAUAGAACCCAAAAUGCCAGAAAAUAGUACUGUUAGAGUCUAGACUGUCAAAAUUUCUCAAGGAUGUUCAUACUUUUUGGGAAGAGCAGGCCUUCUAGGCUUUCAAAACUACCAGCUGCCUGCCAUUCUUAACUACCCUUCUGUUGCAAACAUUUUGGAGUUCACUGUGCAGUGCUAAAGACCCUUUAGUUGCAGAAGUUGCAGAAGUUUUUUGGUUCUUCAUGAGUUGUGUUAUGACCUAUCUUAAAAAUGUUCUUCAGUCCUUAAUGAUUACUGGUCCUUAAUUUGCAGAAGUGGAGCCCCUAAACAGAGACAGAAUUACAGAAGUUCUUCAAAUAUGUUCUGAACUGGAUGAUAUGAUCAGAGAUACCACACAGAAACGUAAAAAAUAUCCUCAGCAGAUUGUUGAAGGAGUCGGUAACAUUCUCCAGAGCCAUAAGGAAUUUUUGGUGAGAUGAUCAAUAACAGUACAUUUACACCAAACCAGAGCCUUAUUCACAGACUGACAAACCCUCACGUUUCAAGCAGUAUUGAAUUUGAGACCUCAGCUUUUAUUUUCACUGCCUCUUAAGUAGUGUUCAUAAAUGCAAUGAUCACUAAUCUGCAAGUCAAUUAUAUGAUAUUCUUAUAUCCACAACAGAACAUUCUCUGUAGCAAAUUAAAUAUGCAUUGUUGUCAGCUCAAGUAAAAAAUUGUAGAUAUUUUAUUUGUAUCUCUGUUCCAAUCAAAAUACAUGGUAGAUGGCGAUGUACAGAGAGAAUAAACAACUUUAUCAAUAAAUGAAUUGCAUUAAUAAAAUAAUUGUAAUCUUUAAUGAGGAUGCUAACGUCACGAAGUGGUUUACAGAAGGGUCCUCAGAAAUCUAACGAUUUCUUGUGUAUUUUUACCUGUAGGAAAACUAUCAGCCAAUGAUUAAAAGCAACUUAUUGUCUGGUGGGUCCAAUGUCAUAACACCAGGUGAGGCAACAAUUUUUGUUCAUUUUCUAUCUGUAAGACCUUUUUUUUAAAUUUUAUUUUACAACAUGGGAUGUUGUCCAUAGAAGAAUAAUUCAGCAGAAGUCUUAACUUAUAGUGAACUUUUUCAUGUGUGUUGGGCAGGUACUUACCCUUUUGAAUGCUUGUGGUGGAUGUAUUGAAUGGUCAUGAAGUGUUUUUUAAUUGUUUGAUUUUCAACUUUUAUUUUAGAUUUGGAAGAGUGCAUACAGAGAUUACAAGGAGCAGCAUCUGAUGUUAUGCAGCUAUCAAAGGUGUGUUUUUUAUUAGAAAAAAAUGACAGAGGGGUUUGAGGUACAUGUAGUUGUAUACAAGAGUACAUUGUGGCUUUUGUUGACUGGCUUAGCAUGGUUCUGAAGUUUUUUUUAAAUUUAUAAUUAAGUGUUUUUGUUGUUUUCAACAAAAUCUCAAUGAGAGAGAGAACUCCCACUUAUGCUUCCACAUGAACUUUGUUUACUGGAAUGUAAAAUUUGCCUUGAAAGUUGCCUCCGAAAUAAAUGACCUCUAAGCCAUUUUAAUUCAUUUUUGAUUGGUUAACAGUAUUUUUUCUUUUCUAUUUUUGUUCUAGUCUUUUCCUGAACUUCACAGCAAAGCUGAACGUCUUCAGCAAGCUGUCCAUUCCCGUCAAGCCAUGCAGGAAUGUGAGACUGAUGGCGUUUUAUUUGCAUUGGAAAAUAAGAAUGAGACUUUGAACUCAUCUUCCACUGAACCAACAGUGUUGCAAGAUGAUGAAAGCACUGAAAAACUGAAGAUGGUAGAUUUUCUGUGGUGGGGUGGGGAGAGGCGCAGGUCACGCCCUCCUGUGAGAUUUGAUGCUUCUCAAAAUACUUAUGGCCCGUGA